GAAGUGGAAGUGGAAGGUCUUCUUCGCCUAUAACGAUCCCAACACCCAAGUGCUCCUAAAGCCAUCACUAAAUUUCCAACUUCAAAUUCGACUUUGACAUCAUUUUUUGUAUCUUGACUAUGAAUGGAACAUUUCGACACCCAGCAACAGCUGAGACGAAAACAUGCGAUCGCAGCGCCCUUCAUUGAUCUAUUGAUGGUGUUAUCUAUGGUUCCUUCGUAGAAUCCUUGAAAGAUUGGCUCAUGUCUUGGGCUACUUGAGCGUAUUGGGCCAUCAGCUCUUGGUUAGGUUUGCCGGCCAUGAUGAACAAGAGAAAAAGGUUUCACUUGAUUCAAUCUACUCCAGAAGAAGAUAACUUCACAUUUGAUUCUGCAGUAUUGGAUUUGUACAGUCUGACAUCAGUGAAUCAAGUUUUUGUUGUUGAUAACAAUGAGCAUCCAAACAAAGAUUCUGAAGCAAGGAUGGCUCAAAAAGUGGACCAACUACUUUAAGGGCUACUGUUAUCGUUGGUUUGUACUAACCAAUGAUGCACUUGGUUACCGUUAUUAUCAAGAGGAAGAUGCAACUGGUUCCACCAAGUUUCAGGAUUAUUUGCCAUUGGAAGAACUUGCCAUCCCUCCUUCUGACCAUCAAACUAAAUUCAUCGCCAACAAUGAAACAGAAAACAAAACAUUCUACUUUAAAGCCACAUCCCAUGAAGAGAGACUUCAAUGGAUAACCGCUAUAAAUGAGGCCCAAGUUUCAAAAGAACAGCGAGCCUUUAAAUCCAAAUAUCAAGAAUCCACCAAUUCAGAUACCAAUGAAAGGUGCUCCAUUGAAGAUUCCCAAGAGCGCAGUUGCACUUAUACCAAUGAAAACACACAGCUCAGUACUGAAAGUGUCCUUCCCGCCAAAACUUUAAAGCCUCCACUCUCAAGGGAAAAAAAACACAGACAAAGGAGGCAGUGCAUUCCACCUAAACCCCAAAACAAUGGUUUCUCAAUGUGGUUUCUUACAUUGGGCAACUUGCCUCUUUCUUUCUUCGAGCCAUUGUCCAUGAUUCAACGAGUGACUGAACAGUUUGAAAACAGUGCCAUUCUGGAUCGGGCUAGUCAAGCAGCUGACUCUUGUGAGCAACUGGCUCUCGUGGCUGCCUUUACUGUGUCUGGUUAUCGUUCCUCAGCUAUUCGUUCGCACUCGCCGUUUACCCCCCUGUUAGGGGAGACUUUUGAAUGUGAUCGCGAGGACCUGGGAUUUCGAUGCAUCAGUGAACAGGUGUCUCAAAACCCCCCCACAUUGGCCCAAUUUGCUGAGAGCACCAAUGGCCUUUGGACGUACUGGCAGGACUUCUCUUAUUCGCACAAAUAUGGCUUAUCCACACUAAAGGUUGAACCUCAUGGCAUCUCCCAUUUGAUUUUUAAGGGUUCAGGAAAUCAUUACACAUGGCAUAAGGUGAAGACUGUAGUAAGCAAUCUGUUGAGUUCAGAGCGAAAAGUGGAUCAUGUUGGCGAUGUCUCAAUUUUCAAUCAAACCAACGGCGAAACCUGUCAUUUGAAAUUUGUCUGCGAUUCGUCCGCAACAGGUAUCGACAAAAGAGUGACAGGAGAUGUGAUCAAUCGGGGGAAAAUUGUGCAAUGGCGCCUUAGUGGAAAGUGGGACUCGGAAAUAGAAGGCUUUAAAAUGAUCAGCACUACCAAUGCCAAGAAAAAUGACAAUCAGAAAUGCAGUCCCUCGAUCAGAUUAUGGCAGGCCACGGCGAUUGCUCCUGAAGCCAAAACAUACUACAAUUUUUCAGCGUUUGCUUGUGAAUUGAAUGAGAUGGAAGAAGACAUUGCACCCACUGAUUCAAGACAACGCCCUGAUCAACGUCGUUUGGAAGAGGGCUUUUUUGACCAGGCCACUCGUGAAAAGACUCGACUUGAAAAGAAAUCAAAUUCUACAACCACUGAAAGAGAAAAAUCACAAAAGAAGUAUACACCAGUGUGGUUUAAGGAAGAGGGAGAUAAGUUCAAUGAGGGCUUAAAGACCUUUGUCUACAAGGGUGGCUAUUGGGAGUCCAAGAAGAACCAGAAUUGGUCAAUGUGCCCUAACAUUUUUUAAUCAAUGUACUGCAUGUCCCAGAUGUAGGGUUGCAUUUUUCAACUUAUCUUGAAUUGCCUAUAGAUUUUAAAUGAUUUGAAAAAACUCAUUAUUUUACCAUAAUGAAAUGUUUUAAUGGUCAAUACCGUUACUUCGUUUCAAAUACACCACCCUUUGGGCAAUGCACCGCUCUACAUGGGAACAGAACGUGGAGUAGAUUCUCUUCAGGGUAAAUGGGAACAAGUUUUUCCACUCACUUAUGCUCAACGGACGUCUUCAGUGCGUCAACGUUGCCGUGGUAGACGGAACAGGCGGUUGACUCCACGACGCUCCACACAUAGAAAUCCAGAGGAUUUGAAUUUGGCGAGUUUGGUUCCCAAACUUCUUUUGACCAGAAUACAUUGGAUCCCAAUUGGUUAGAAAUGUACUUCUGGACGCCUUUGCUAGUAUGGGCUGGGGCUUCAUCUGGGGUCCAGAUCCAAUUUCCAUAGAUUGCAUUAAGUGAUGGGCACAUAUUUUGGACAAUAAUUGCUUGUAUUUAAUGGAAUCCAUACUACCUUUGCUCCACUAUGGUGGGAAGGCCUCUUCAUCGGAGCCAAUGACACCCAACAUCAUAGCUCCGACAGGGUGCAUAGUUUUACUAGAGACGUAUUGGGCUGGAACCCAGCUCUAAACUCGACAACAGGCUGAUCUCUGGGCUAGCCCGGAGCUCAGCCCAGCUCAAACUGUUGAAACAUAUUUGGCCCAGACCACCUCGAGCUGGGUUUAGACUCUGGCUCAGUUCAGCUCGAAAGGUCGAGUUAUAUGUCAGCCCAGCUCAUGUUCUCGAGCUGGGUGUAGGCUCUGGCUCAGCCCAGCUCGAAAUCGUCGAUCUGUGAUACAACUCAACUCGAAACCGACAAGCUAUGAUACAACCCAGCUCGAAAUCGACGAGGCCAUGCCUCAGCCCUGACCGAACUCGACGGAGCUCAACUGUGGCCCACAUCAGUUUGACAACUUUUGUCUUUAACUGAAAGACAAGCCGAGGAAAUAUUAUGCAUGCCAAUGAAUGGUCUGUUGCAUACUCCAUCUUUCCUUAUAUAGUACGAGAGUUUGGUGAAACAAUAAACAAUAAAACCUUGAUAAAAGAAAGGUCACAAAUCUUUUUUUAAAUGACUCGCAAACACUUCAAAGUGAGUGUAGCUUGGGUUUAUUUGAAUAUUUCUAAAUGCUAUUAGUAAUUACUGACGUUUGAACACUUUUUAUUC